UGUUUAUAGCUAAACAGCAGUAUAAUAGCAUUUCAUAGGAUUUGUGUUGCAUAUCACUUGCAGCAGUUUGCAGGUAGCAAAAUAGUCAGCAGAAAAUAGUUUUUCUACUGGACUAUAAAAGUUAGAGCUAGUUAAUUUUUGUUAUUACAAUUUGCAGUGCAAGAUGAUUCACUGGAGUAUCAUUCUUUGCCUAACAUUGGCAGCCUUGGUCUACAGCCAACACUGUCAACCACCAGAUCCUCAUGGUUACUGCAUUAACAGCCAGGGUGUUGACAACUGUGCACCAGAGGAUCGACGAAUCACCUCGCCAACUGACCAAUGUCACACCAGUUUCCGAUUUAGAGCUGAUCACAUCCUUCCUCCGGAGUGGGAGCUGAUGUUUGACUCUUAUGACUAUGAGAGCUUGGUGAGGCCAGUGUUCCUCGGCAGAGAGUUUGAUGGUGAUGGAGAUGUUGGGACAGUGGCUGAUCAGUGGGAGGAUCGAGGUGGUGUCUGUCAGCGCGGUUUGAGAGUGUGUGCCCAUACACUGGGAUCUCAAGACAACUGGGUGUUCUCCCCUCACAUCAAAUACCCCCCAGGAAGUACUACCGUUGGUGGGGGUCUACCAACAGAGAUUUAUCUCGAUGUCUCCUUCAGAUUCACUCAGUGUAAUGGUGCCUGUGUGAAUAACUUUGCUGAUCUAUUCAGAUAUGACACAAACAGCAUUGCCUCGGAGAGUGACCGAACAGACAAAAGACAUUACGUUGAAAAUCCAUUUUUUGGAACAGGAACAGCAUCUCGAUUGGAUCAGACAGGUCACAGAGGGACUGUUUCAGACACUAGAACUCUUACCAUUGCUUCUCCCUCUUCCUCGAGAACCAAUGGAUUCCAUUUUGGCAUCAGAGACUCGGGAAAUUGUGGCCAAAUUAACCGAAUCUACUUCUACUACACUCCUUGUAAGGAACGACAAGAUGGACUGGUCAACUAUCCUGAGCUUGUUCGUGCCCCCAACGGCUCUCCACCAAACGAGGGCAUGGCUUGCUGUGCUCCUAACUCUCACCCCACCACCUCUCUCACCUUCAAAGCUCACAGUGCCACUGAUGGAACUACUGGUGAUGAACGAUGUGAGCGCAACGUAAGGUGUGAGUGUGAUGCUGGGUACAGACUGAUCAUGAAUGCAGAUGGAAAACAUCGAUGUGAAGAAUGCCCUUCUGGAACCUAUCGCUCUCUGACUGAUGACCAAGGCACUUGUCUAGAUUGUCCAAUGAACACAGCAAUGGAUGUGAAGGGUGCUGAAAUUUGCAGCUGUCUAGAUGAAUUCUUUAGAAAUGAGCAAAAUAACGAAGGCCCUGGAGUGAAUUGUACAACUCCCCCUGGUCCAGUAACUGACCUCAAAACAACCGCCAACACUGCCACUAGUGUUACACUCGAAUGGACCAGACCCAAGGUCACCGGAAGAGAUGACUUCUACUACACGUAUCAGAUCUUUGAUCCCGACCACAUUUUACCUGACAAUGUUACUAAUUUGUCAGACACUGUGCCAUACACUGCAUCAUCACCAAAAAUAACAUUCCUAGUACCUGGUUUGCGGCCUGUGACACCUUUCACAUUUAGGAUCAUUACUAAUAAUGGAGUCAGUGAUGAGGACAAGGAAAAUGCAGCCUUGAGAAAAGUUGAGCUUGUAGUAAAGACCAGAGAAGGUGUACCGAGUGCACCGAGAGAUGUCAGGGUGUUCGCCGAUGUAGUGGUGUGGGGACCUCCUAAGAAUCCAAACGGCAUUAUUACCGGCUAUGAAGUCAAGUUCAGUGGCUCUUUGUCAGGGUCUGUAAGUGUUAACAAGGAAGCUUCAGAGAGCUAUCACAUCAUAAGUGAUACUGAUCUUAGUCGCCUGCAAGGUACCAUUCAAGUUCAGGUAAGAGCAAAGACAAGAGCUGGAUUCGGAGACUACAGCUCACCUCAAAGUGUAACUCUUGGUGGCAUUAGCUCAGUAUCUCCUCCGCCCCCUUGUCCAACAGAACUUCCCCCACCCCCGCCCCCUUGUCCAUGUACACCAGAUCCACCUGUGAAAUUUCUUCUGAAUGGCAAGAUAUACACUGAUGGCGAUACUGUACUGAUACCAGACAUUGGAGAGGGAGAUGACGGUCUACUGUGUGUGACUGAGUAUGAGAACUGCUGCAGCAAUUCAGUCGCUCGGUUCUACUAUCCCGACGGCAGUCUUGUCAGCUCCUCCUCCAGAAGUUCACUGUACCAGAACAGAGGGGAGCAGCUGGUUCGGUUGAACAAGAGGGACGGUAGCCUCUCCCCUACUGGUCACUACAGAUGUGAUAUUCCUGAUGAUAAGGGAGUGACACAGAGCAUCUUCAUCAACAUUAUUAAUCCGGACCCAAUCUGCCCUCCACCCCCACCCCCUCCGAUUGGAACAUGUCCCCCUCCCGUACAAUGCCCUACUGUACCUACCCCUGACAAUUGCCUAUCACUUUCAUCUCCGACCAAUGGAAGAGUAUCAGCUUCUUCAACAGCUGUUGGUAGCACCGCCACCUACUCUUGUAACCAAGGUUACUCUCUUGUGGGGGCCUCCACACGCAGCUGUGAAUCACAGGGAAGUGCAUGGAGCGGAAACACACCUUCUUGUCAAGAAUCACAAGCAUGCCCAGUCUUAACAAAUCCUGUCAAUGGAAAUGUUGCAAUACUUGGAAGCAUUGCUACCUACACCUGUAACCCUGGCUACACUAGGGUGGGCUCCAACGCACGUCUCUGUCAAUCCAGGACAUGGACUGGAACUGCUCCAACUUGCGUGAGAUCAUGUCCAACCCUCCCCCCUCCUCUCAAUGGAAGAGUGUCCGUUAGUGGAGAUAGGACAGCUACCUACACUUGUUCCACUGGCUACACUCUGAGUGGCUCCUCUACACGUACCUGUCAGACCAAUGGAGCGUGGAGUGGAACUACACCAACAUGCGUACAAUGUCCUCUAUUAUCUCAACCAUCUGGUGGAACUGUGACGAUAACUUCACGAGCCCCUGGGGGCAUAGCCUUCUACAGAUGUAACACUGGCAAUAAUCUGAUUGGCUCCUCUACACGUUCCUGUCAGACCGAUGGAACAUGGAGUGGAAGUGCUCCAACUUGUCAAGCACCACAAUGCCCCACUCUCCCCCCUCCUCUCAAUGGAAGAGUUUCUGCUAGCGGAGGUACAGCUACCUACACCUGUUCCACUGGCUACACUCUGAGUGGCUCCUCUACACGUACCUGUCAGACCAAUGGAGCGUGGAGUGGAACUGCACCAACAUGCGGUGGACUACAAUGCCCUGAACUGUCUCAACCAUCUGGUGGAACUGUGACGAUAUUUUCACGAGACCCUGGAGGCAUAGCCUUCUACAGAUGUAACACUGGUAAUAAUCUGAUUGGCUCCUCUUUUAUUACCUGUCAGAACGGUGGAACUUGGAGUGGAAGUGCUUCAACUUGUCAAGCACCUGCACCACAAUGCCCCACUCUCCCCCCUCCUCUCAAUGGAAGAGUGUCUGCUAGCGGAGGUACAGCUACCUACACUUGUUCCACUGGCUACACUCUGAGUGGCUCCUCUACACGUACCUGUCAGACCAAUGGAGCGUGGAGUGGAACUACACCAACAUGCGUACAAUGUCCUCUAUUAUCUCAACCAUCUGGUGGAACUGUGACAAUAACUACACGAGCCCCUGGGGGCAGAGCCUUCUACAGAUGUAACACUGGCAAUAAUCUGAUUGGCUCCUCUACACGUUCCUGUCAGACCGAUGGAACAUGGAGUGGAAGUGCUCCAACUUGUCAAGCACCACAAUGCUCCACUCUCCCCCCUCCUCUCAAUGGAAUAGUGUCUGCUAGCGGAGGUACAGCUACCUACACCUGUUCCACUGGCUACAUUCUGAGUGGCUCCUCUACACGUACCUGUCAGACCAAUGGAGCAUGGAGUGGAACUGCACCAACAUGCGGUGGAGUACAAUGCCCUGAACUAUCUCAUCCAUCUGGUGGAACUGUGACGAUAACUACACGAACCCCUAGGGGCAUAGCCUUUUACAGAUGUAACACUGGUAAUAAUCUGGUUGGCUCCGUUACACGUUCCUGUCAGACCGAUGGAACAUGGAAUGGAAAUGCUCCAACUUGUCAAGCACGUACACCACAAUGCCCCACUCUCCCCCCUCCUCUCAAUGGAAGAGUUUCUGCUAGCGGAGGUACAGCUACCUACACCUGUUCCACUGGCUACACUCUGAGUGGCUCCUCUACACGUACCUGUCAGACCAAUGGAGCAUGGAGUGGGACUGCACCAACAUGCGGUGGAGUACAAUGCCCUGAACUAUCUCAUCCAUCUGGUGGAACUGUGACGAUAUCUUCACGAGCCCCUAGGGGCAUAGCCUUCUACAGGUGUAACACUGGCAAUAAUCUGAUUGGCCCCUCUACACGUUCCUGUCUUAUAUCUGGAGCAUGGAGUGAAAAUGCUCCAACUUGUCAAGGUGCCAUGGUUACUGGGUUCAUGCUAAGAGGAGAACCCUUUACUAAUGGCAGUAGUGUCUCCCUCGAAGAUAUCGGUGAAACUGAUGAAGCUCUCAUCUUCCCAACAGAAAUUAAGGAUUGCUGUAAAAUGCAAAAGAUCGGACAAUGUUACGAUCCCGACGGUGUUGAAUUGGGUAGUAAAGGAGCCAAUAGUGAACUGUAUCGCAACCGUGAUUCUCAAAUGGUUCGACUCAAUAAGGUUGAUGUAUUCACUGGUGACGCUGCAAUCCCUGGAAUGUACUGUUGUACUGUGCCCAACAACGAUGGUAACCUUCACCGAAUAUGUGCAAACAUUAUAGCUUGAUUUGCCAAAACUGACUAUUUAUCACUGUAACUGAACAUUCACUCUCUCCCUUUAUAAUUAGCAGCACAAUUAAUUUUAUCGUUUUGAACUUUCUGUGUUUGUGCAUGUAGCUACGAAUAUACCAUUCAUUAAUUGACUUGAAAGUUUGUUCUCUUUUUAAACAUGUAACACAUUACACACAUACUAUACAUGUGUGCAUCAAAUUGCCACAAUUAAAAAAGUAUCAAUGUAUUAAUUCAAGAUUCUUUAAA